ACUUAUUAUAGUUAUAAUUUUGAAUAGUUUUAAAAUGGAAUGUAGAACAUAAAACGCUUCUGUAAAUUUGGAAAUUUUAUAGAAAAUUCUAGGGCAAUUAUUUGAUAAAUUGUUGCAUGUUGAAGAGGAACAAUAUAAUUCAUAAUUUCUGUUAUUAGGAGAAUUUCAAACAUUUUGAGUAUUCGGAGUUAUAUCGAAACAUUCAAAAUGCAGAACUUGCAUGAUUUAGCUAUGUUUCGUUUUAAUUUCUGGCAUAAACCAUUCUUGUCACCUCCUGCAGCUCAUCAGCCGUUUCCACCAGGAAUGGAAAGUACGUCGUUCAUACCGAACCCGCUGGGUGCACCAGCUUUGAUGGUACUGGCAUCAACAGCUGAAAAUCAUGAGGGUGCGCGAAUAACUGGGGCACCUAGGUUUAACAGCCCUGAAAACAAGGAGUCUGCACCACAGUUUAGUUCGGCAAAUUACACAAUGUAUCGCCCAGGGGAACAUUUUCCAGCACCAAUUUAUGCACCGGUUCACCCAUUUGUUCGAUCUGCUACAGAAAGGUCUGGGGUUCGACUCAUGCACCCUGCAGGGAGCAGUGCUUUUAGGCCACUGACAGAAAAUCCAGAACAAUACCACUCGGCAUUUUCUCCUGCUAAGCGACCAAAACCAGAAGAUUUAUCAACCAAAAAUUACACCUCAAAUAUAGAGACAAAUGAAAACAUUGGAAAUAAUGACUUUGCAAGAGAUCUGUCAAAAGAAGACCGGCCAUCUAGUUUAAGUUCUGUCAAUUAUGACACAAAUUCUGAGACGCAUUCAGAGACAGGCGAGGGAGAUCGUCAGACACCAGAUUCAGAGGGCCGUUCAUUAAGAAAGCAAAGGAAGAAAUUGAUACUAGAUGGGCAGACUCCACAUUGUCCGAUAUGUGGACUGACGUUGCGUCCGGGGGAAACUGAGACACAUCUGCAAGUGGAGCUAGAAAAGCUGGAUAAACUCUCCGCUAGAAAUGUCAGAAAGUCCAGGGAAAAUACACCACAAGGCAGAAAGACAUUACCAUCUCCAUCUGGAAAUCGAGGGAAGGAUUCACCUGGUGUAGGGGCAGCUUCACAAGCCAGAUACGAGAAUUAUUUACGGAUCCAGAAUAACAGACAGGCAAGACUUGGUGUUAGAAGUCGAACACGCAAGAAGAAGUUAGAGGAAACUGUUUGUCCUGUGUGCAAUAAGAAAGUAUCUGGAACUCCAGAGGAAUUGAAUGAACAUGUUGAACUCUGUCUGAAAAAGCGUGAUGACGAGCUAGAGCCGGUUGAUGUGGAAGCAGAUAAUGAACAAUACGAGGAAUACACAUGGGCAGGACAGACUCGCAUACGAGCUUCAUCUAUGUUAGAUGGCGGCUAUGCUGGUUCAGGAUUUCAGAUAGCCAGCUGCAGCAGCCAGGGUCAGGAUGAGGACUGUGAUCUCAAUGUUGAUGAUGAUGAUUCAGAAAAAUAUGGCAAACCUCAAUACAGUGAAGUGGAUGUGAUACCUUGUGCUUCUGAUGAGCCAAAUGAAGACAGGGAAAGAGAGGCCCUGAGAGGGGCAUUUUUAAGUACCGCUGAUGCUCCGACCAUUCUAAAGAGUCACAGUCGACUAACAAAUACAGAUAUAGAAGGUGCUUAUAAUCCCGAGGAUAGUGUAUCAUCACAUAUAAAGUGUGAGCCUCAUGAUGACAAGGAAUCAGUAGAAGUUGGUGGUUCUGCUGGACAAAUCAUCACGGCAUUGAGAUGUCGCCUCAAGGAGAAAGACGAGAAACAGAUCUCGCCAAAAUGUCUCAUAUGUAUGGAGCCGUAUAACAAACCAGUGGCAUCAACUCAGUGUUGGCAUGUACAUUGUGAAGAAUGCUGGCUUAGAACAAUGGGAGCUAAAAAGUUGUGUCCUCAGUGUAACAUGAUAACAUCACCAGCAGAUCUACGCAGAAUCUAUUUAUGAGAAUACUGGCCAGUCUAGGAAUCCAUAGUCAAGGUCUUCUUGUACAGGAAUGUCUAUACUGCUCUCGGGGAAUGAAUUUACUGGCACAGACUAGAGAAAAGCUGACAUAUAGAGGGUUUCUCCACCUGAAAUUAAUAACAAGGAUGUCUUGAAAAUGGAUCUACGCAGCAAUAUGUGAAAGCUUUUUUUUCACAAGCUGGUAGAAUAAGACAUAGGUGAACAGUUCCUGCAACACUUCUAUGAUCUGUGAAGAAAUUGUAAUGCAAGUCUGUUUGAAGCAAGAGAUGAUUUGCACUAGUACAGAACACCUCGGACAGUAUAGUUUUAGUAGAAACGAUAAUGAGUCAAAAUGAGUUUAAUCUGUUCGACUCUUUGACACAACAAAAUGGUCCAAUCUCUGAUAUAUGGUACCCUUUAAGACUUGAUUUUUUUAUAGAUUUUACAGUGCUCUCUUAUUUUCUUUAAUGGGUCUGAAUGUUAAGUUGUUUUUUUCUGUUGAAUAAUCUUGACCAUUAUUUGGUGUGUAAAAUUAGAGAUUGUUUUGUAUUUAUGUUUUUUGUUAAAAUGUAUACAAAAUAGUACAUAUAUUAAAUGAAUGAAAUUCA